UAUGUAAACUAUAUAAAUGACUAAUAAAUAGGUUAUUAGAACAGUGGAGUAUAUCGAUUUUAAAGUUGACCUUCACGAAUUUAGUUUUGAAAUGCUGCAAUGUCAUUUACUGAAAAUGUUGGCAUUUCCUCAAUGGUAAUCUGACGUCAAUAAGAAGGUAGAAAGAUACGAUUAUUUUCAGUCGUAAUUUUAUCGCAGGACAAAUUACAAUUAUACUUUACAACGGAUUAUAAUAAAUGAAGAGCGGAUAGCUUGCCGUGAAAUAGGAAAAUAAUGUGCUGGAUUUAACAAUCAAACUGGCUGCGUGGUCGGAAAUUAAUCAGGGCCAGUUUUGCAACUUCCAAUUGCCCUUGUUACGGACCGUUAGUGUACUCGAGCCUGUGACAUUGGUUGAAAAUACUUCAAGGAUGUCGUCAUCUCUGUUUACAAUCAGUUCCAGUGACGCUUCUAAAUUAGUGAAAAACCAACGGAAACGUGAAGAUGAGAAAGUUUGCUUUCUGUUACAAGUGUCAUUCCAGUCAGUUUAUAGCGAUACCCCGAUUCCAAAUACGUGUUUGAAAAAGUUACCGCGAAUACUUAAUGGCAUUCCUUUGGGACCCGGCUUAAUGGCACGGGACCAGUUGGAGAGUAUACGUUGGCGAUACAUUGAAGGUGGAACCAAGUUACAUACUUUCAUCUCAGUGCCAAUGUACGAAGACGAAGCAGAAGAGGCGAAAAGAUACCUAAAAGACGGACUGAUGAAACAAUCACAGGCUGUUUUUGGUGACAUAACAGUGAAAGCUUCCGUUAUCUUGUCACAUUGUAUAAAUUAUGACGAUGAUUUAAUCAUUAACGACAUCGCCGUGCAUCUAGAUGAAGGACUACAUUUUAGGGACUGAUGUGCCAAAGGAUUUACUGUAGUAUCCCUACGCUUCGGGGCCUUAAAGACGUAUAAUUGAAUUGUGUUAACAGUUAAAUUCAGUUCACACACACACACGGUACUCUUUUUCGCGUGAUCACGCAUAUCUUUGUAGCAGGUCAAAUCAUUGUUAUCAUUCUGGAAGCCUGCAGUAGCAUGUAUUAAUUGAUAACAGAAAUUGUCAUUUUAAAUUUGGAAAUGAUAUUAACAUAUUAUUAUUAUUAACAUAUUUUAUGAUACAAUUCGUGUCCAAUGUAUAAUUUGAAAUCGUUACAAGUUUUGGCACGACCUUCAUAGACAAAGUGGUUUUACAAAUGCUUAAUCGUAUAUUUAUUUACGGACGAUUUAACCCUUAAUGUCUUUCAUGAAUGUAUAGAUUUUUGUUUACAUACUGUUAUAUAGUAAUAUUAACAUUUUAUUGUAAUUUUUGUUGACUUUUUAAGUUCGUUGUUAAUUAAUAUAUUGACCUAUAGUUAUAUGUGUUGCAGUGUUAAAGUUAUUGCGUACUGAUA